GGAGCGAAUCGAGCGACUGCAGCAGUCGACGUCCAGCUGUCCAGGAGAGUCACGAAUUUCCAGCGGCCGAAGACGACGCAUGCCGGACGCAGUGGCCAACUCGCUUGUCGACGAAAGGGCGUGCAACAAACCCAAGGAAAGGUUUUGAACGAGUAAAAUUGAGCAGCAGGCAUGACCAACUUGCAGCUGGCUUUCCGAGGGGUGCGCAGCUCAAAAUUUCGCCAUGUUUACGGGCAGCCUGUGCGCCGGGAGCGAUGCUACGACAACAUCAAAAUAACCCGAAACGCGCACGACGCCCUUUUCUGCGCGGUCAACCCCAAGUUUGUGGCCAUCGUGACCGAGGUGGCCGGAGGAGGCGCCUUUGUUGUCCUGCCCAUUUCUCAGACCGGGCGGCAAGAAUUCAACGCAGGUAGGGUGGUUGGACACUCAGGUCCAGUCCUUGACAUAAAGUGGGACCCUUUCAACGACAACAUCAUCGCUUCAGCUUCAGAGGACUGUUCGGUGAAGCUGUGGCACAUCAAAGAUGAAGGUUUCGGCGAUCAUCUUGAAGAUUGGCUGGCUGAGCUGCGCGGACACCGCCGACGAGUAACCCAGAUCGAGUGGCACCCGGUAGCUCAGUCGGUGCUUUUUAGCGCUGGAGCAGACGGUUUGGUGGUUGUGUGGACGGUGGCUAACGGAGGGGCCAUUCUUAAUGUCAUCGACUGCCAUCCUGAGGCCAUCCAGUGUCUCUCCUUGAAUAGGGACGGCAGUUUAAUUGCCACCACUUGCAGGGACAGGAAACUAAGAGUAAUUGAACCGAGGACUGGAGCCGUGGUUUCAUCUGGAGAGUGUCACGAAGGCAUCAAGCCAUGCAAAGUCGUGUUUCUUGGCGAGUCGGGCAGAUUGCUGACGACCGGUUUCUCAAGGCAUUCUGACAGGCAAUAUGCCAUUUGGGACCAGGACGAUCUGAGAGAGCCCCUGAAGAAGGAGACCAUCGACUCGUCUUCGGGAGUGCUCUUCCCGUAUUAUGACUAUGACACCCAGAUCAUCUACCUAGCAGGAAAAGGCGACGGCAACAUCCGAUAUUACGAAGUGACCCCGAAUGCGCCAUAUCUCCACUACCUGAGCCAGUUUCUGUCAGGCCACCCGCAGAGGGGUCUUGGCGUGAUGCCCAAGCGCGGUUUGGACGUGCGCCAAUGUGAGAUUUUCCGCUUUUACAAGCUGCACGCCACGAAAGGUCUGUGCGAGCCAGUGUCCAUGAUUGUACCAAGAAAAGUAAGUUCUAGCGAGCAGUUCCAAGAAGACCUGUUUCCGGACACUGCCGCGGCCAAGCCGGGGUUGACUGCGGACGAAUGGGCCAGCGGAAGGAACAAGUCUCCGGUGCUCAUGUCAAUGAAGACUGGUGACGUUCGAGGAGUUGCGAACCAACAGAACCAAGCCAACAACAAGAACUCGCCAAGCAAGGGCAACAAGAAGCCUGUGCUGGAGGAGAAAACAAAUUCCGCAAACAACGCAAUCACGAACAACAAGAAGAAAUUUGCAUUUCUUUCCCAAGAAACCAUUCCUGACUACAGACCCAUGGAGAUGAAAGAAAACGAGAAGUUGAGUGAGAAGAGCCACAAGACAAACCAAAACACCAAGUUCCAACAAAUUCAACAGAUGUUUGGCAGCAAACCAAACAGUAAUUCCAUUUUGAAGGAUCAAAGUAUCAUGGAGGCCCUGCAACCAGAAAAGGAGAUACUCAUUAUCGAUGCCCCUAAAGACGAAUUAGAGCUGAAGAAGGAGUAUCUGCAGAAAUGUGAGGAAGUUGUUCGGCUGAAACAGCAAAUUGCCUCCCGAGACAAAAUCAUCAAGGAGCUGGAGUCCCAAGUGCACCGCCUCAAACUCAAGCAUAUUCAUUAAUUUAAAUUAAUGCCAGCAGAAUUAUUGUAUAAAUAUUACUCCAAUUGUAAAGAACUCAACACUCACAUUCUUCAAUGAAAAUUGAACUAACUAAAACGUUGCUGCCUCUACUUGGACCCAGUCUCUCAACGGAGGUGCCCACUUGUAAAAUAUUUAUUAUUUUUAAGCUUCUUCAGUAGAUAUUAAUUAAAAGCGUUUAUUUGUAUAUGUGGUAUAUGUGAUGUUGGUGAUGCUAUUGAGGGUAUCAAAAUUAUUUAAACGCGCUGCUUCCAUGAAAUGGCAUUUAUGGCAAUUUAAGAAUUCCUAUAUUUUGCAUCUGCACAAAUCACAUAAUAUAUACGACUAAAAUUUUUCGUAAUAAUCAGCAGAUACAAAGCUGGCUUAGAAUAAAUGUCAUUUUUUUUUUUCAAAUAUUUUACGAAACACAUGUGAUGUGCUUUUGAUUGCAGCUUGCUUAUUGCAAAAUAAUAAGCUUUAAGAAACCAAUAAAGCCCAUAGUCAAAGUUAAAA